ACUGUGAGUCUACAAUCACAGGGAGAAGCCGCUCAUCUCUAGAAUGAAGUCUCUCGUGCUCCUUCUAUUGGUGGCUGUUACUGUAUCAUCUGUGGUGUCUAAACCCCUUCCUGAAGACUCUGAAGCAGAGGUUCACAAGGAGUUUGAGACAUGGAAAGUUAAAUAUGGGAAGAGCUAUCCGUCUACCGAGGAGGAAGCCAAACGUAAGGAGAUGUGGUUAGCGACGAGGAAGAAGGUGAUGGAACACAAUACGAGAGCAGGAAAUGGAUUGGAGAGUUACACCAUGGCGGUCAAUCACUUAGCUGACCUGACUACUGAGGAGGUUCCUAAAGGACUUUUGCCCAUGCCUCGACCUGAGGAAGAAGAGGUGGACAAAGAGUUUGAGAUGUGGAAAACUCACAAUGGUAAGACCUAUAACUCCACCGAGGAGGAAGCCAAGCGCAAGGAAAUCUGGUUAGCGACUAGGGCAAGAGUGAUGGAACACAACAAGAGAGCAGAGAAUGGCUCAGAGAGCUUCACCAUGGGGAUUAAUUACUUCUCUGACAUGACUUUUGAGGAGAUUCCUAAAGCAAGACUUAUGGUUGUGUUUCCCACUCGAGAUGGAGGGGAGGAAGCAGAGGUGGAUAAAGAGUUUGAAACGUGGAAGGUUCAACACGGGAAGAACUAUGGUUCCACCGAGGAGGAAGCCAAGCGUAAGGGGAUCUGGUUAGCUACUAGGACGAGAGUGAUGGAACACAACAAGCGGGCAGAGACUGGCUCAGAGAGCUUCACCAUGGGGAUGAAUCAUCUUUCUGACAAGACUACUGCGGAGGUUACAGGACGAAGGCUUCAAGAUGGGGAGGAAGCAGAGGUGCACAAGGAGUUUGAAACAUGGAAAGUUAAAUAUGGAAAGACCUAUCCGUCCACUGUGGAGGAAGCUAAGCGCAAGGAGAUCUGGCUAGCUACCAGGAAGAUGGUGAUGGAACACAACAAGAGAGCAGAGAAUGGCCUGGAGAGCUUCACCAUGGGAGUCAAUCACUUUGCUGACUUGACUGCUGAGGAGGUUCCUAGAGGGCUUUUUCCCAUGGAAUGAAGAAGACUAGACCCUAUGAGGAAUUAACUAUUUUGUAAUUUACAAUAAAUAUAAACACUAC